AUGCGGGUGCACCUGGGCGCGCUGGCCGGCGCGGCGGCGCUGACCGGGGCGCUCAGCUUCGUGCUUCUGGCGGCGGCCAUCGGCACCGACUUCUGGUACAUCAUCGACACCGAGCGCCUGGAGCGGGGCGGCCCGGGGGCGCGGGGCCCGGCGGGGGCCGCCAACCACAGCCAGCUCGAGCCUCUGAGCUCGCACUCCGGCCUCUGGCGGACCUGCCGGGUCCAGAGCCCGUGUGCGCCGCUGAUGAACCCCUUCUGGCAGGAGAACGUGACCGUCAGCGACUCGAGCCGACAACUUCUCACCAUGCAUGGGACGUUCGUGAUUCUGCUGCCGCUCAGCCUGAUCCUCAUGGUUUUCGGGGGCAUGACGGGCUUUCUGAGCUUCCUCCUGCGAGCCUCCUGCCUCCUCCUGCUCACGGGGACCCUCUUCCUCUUUGGAGCCCUGGUGACCCUUGCCGGCAUCAGCGUCUACAUCGCCUACUCGGCCGCCGCCUUCCAGGAGGCGCUGUGUCUCCUGCAGGAGAAGACACUGCUGGACCAGGUGGACAUCCGCUUCGGCUGGUCCCUGGCCCUGGGCUGGGUCAGCUGCGUCGCCGAGCUGCUCACCGGGGCCACCUUCCUGGCGGCAGCCCGCGUGCUCAGCCUGAGACAGCGGCAGGACCAGGCCAUCUGAAUUCGGGGGGGGGCUCCAGCUUGAGGGCGGAGGGAGCGGCUUGGACUGGAGGGGCCGGUGCUCAGGGACACCAUCCUGGUGGGCUGUGGCUUCCCCUUGGUCUGAGGCCACCACCAGAGAGCUGCUGUGGGCUGAGCUCCGGGCCUGGCGGUCGUGUUAGCGCUGCCUGGCGUGGGGGAUGCUGUGUCCAGGCACCUGUGUGUCUGUGGCCUGGAGGAGCCCGAACCCGUGAGACCACACAAAGCGCCCCCUCGGUCACUGCAGCCUCUGUGCACUUCCUCUGGCUCCACUGCAUCCUCACACCUGCCCUUUGGAUGAGUCUGUCUGUUAAGACAAUGGAGGACCAGAGAGGUUAGGUAACUGUUAGAGAAACACAGGAAGCUACAGGCGUAUUCUCCGACAUUGCAGUUUCUCUGGGUGGUUCCUGCUGACUGGCUGCGGCCUGGAUCCUGCGUGUGGAGGCGGCUGCAUCUCAGACACUGGGCUUCAGGCUUCCCCGUGACCUGGGGCCAGGCAGGAGGCCCUGUGGGGAACCGGGGGGAAGACCGCAGAGACGUGGGCUCCUCAACAGCCAGGUGGUGGAUGUGUCCUGCCUCACCUGCCCCAGCCAGGCUCAUGCUCACCUGGUUCCUUACAGGCUUCGUUGGUAUGAUGAUUCUCCUGCCUGCAAUUCAGGAGACCUGGGUUCCACCCCUGAGUCAGGAAGAUCCCCUGGAGGAGGGCAUGGCACCCCA